GGUUACAUCUUACCUUACAACUGCCCCACUACCCUAACAAGAAUCCUUAUAAAUCAAUGCAUUUCUUUUUUCAAAGCAAACAGAAGUGCACCUUCCUUUAUUAGCAACUGACCUUGUGUUUCUGAACAAAAAAAACAGGUUAAGGAAAUGGAAGCUUACACAAUGAAGUCAGACAAAACUUUCCUUCGGUGUCUGGAUACAAGAGCGAUCGAAGUGUAUGAGUUGGACAGUCCUUACCUAUUUCCGGUGAAAGGGAAGCAAUGGAGUCAUCUUGGAAUCAGUAUAGGGCCUGGACACAAAUAUGAAGUGCUGAGAAUCGGGGACAAAGAUAUCAGGGGUGAUGAUCUGCAGGCGCUUAUCAGAGAUCUUUUCAACUCGCGACUGAUAAUUAAUCGCGAGGGUCUUGGUUUCUUACCGGCUGCAGGGGUCACAGUUGUGGUCAUGUUAGUGGAGUACUACAGGCUAUUUGAUCUCUUUGAUUGGUCCAAAUAUCAAGUCAAUACAUCGCUGAAUACUAAAUGGGCUCGUAGCAACUUUAUCGACGGUCGUCCCUUGGAUAUACUAGGGAGCAAUCCAGGGAACGGUAGUCGCGAUGAUACUGAGUGCAAGAAAAAGUUGGGUGAGAAAGAUAAGGAAUUGGAGAACCAAAAAAUUAAGCAUAAAGAGGAGUUAGAGGAGGUGAAGCGUAGAAAGGAGGAGGGAAGUAAGGAGACAAAAGAGAAGAUAAAUAACAUAAAAGAGGUGUUGGAGGCGGCAGAGGAGGAAUUGAAGGAUAAACAAAAUAAGAUAGACAAAUUGAAAGAGGAGUUGGCGGGGGCAGAGCGUAUAAAGCAGAAAGAACUGAAGAAGAAACAAGACGAGAUAGACACAUUGAAAGAGGAGUUAGCGGGGGCAGAGCGUAUAAACAAGGAAGAACUGAAGAAGAAACAAGACGAGAUAGACAAAUUAAAAGAGGAGUUGGUGACGACAGAGCGUAAAAAUAUGGAGGAAUCGAAAGACAAACAAAACAAGAUAGACAAAUUAAAAGUGAAGUUGGAUGAGGCCGAACGUAGAAAACGAGAAGAGUUAAAAGAUAAAGAAGAUGAUAUAGACAAAUUGAAAGACGAGUUGGAGGAAGCAGAGCAAAAAAGGCAGCAAGACUUAAAGAAGAAACAAGAUGAGAUAGAAAUAUUGAAAGAGGCGUUGGAGGAAGCUGAGCGUAAAUUGAAGAAGAAACAUGAUGAGAUAGACAGAUUGAAAGUGGAAUUAGCAGAGGAAAAACGUAACAGUAAAGAUCAAAAUGAUAAGAUAGCGGAAGAUAAGAAAAAAAUCAACGAGUUAGAAGAGGAACUAAAAUUACAUGUAUAUCUAAGAAGUGGUUUACGUGGUGGUUUUGAAUUUUUGUAUAAUUUGGUGCAGGUUACUCAGAGGAACUUACCUUCAUCAAAACUGAGCAUCCUAAGCAUAACACAGGCAGUUCGCCAUAAAGGGGCCCUUAGUAAUUUUCAACUAAAAGUGGAGCAUCUACAUGAUCCUCUUAUAGUUAUUGGACCAAUACUCGAUUCAAUGUCAGAUUUUCCAACUCAGCUAAUUUUUCGUCCAGAGUCUUUUUACAGCGACUUUGACUUGAACAAUUGGCGGGUUGUUCGAGUAAUAGGAAGUUCAAAGGGAGGUUCAGUUACUCCAUUUGCAUUUACAAUAGCGUUCUAUGAUGGAAAUAAGUAUCAGAAGAGGUCCGCUGACGAAAAACAUAUAUAUCCCAUUCCAUGCCAUUAUCAACAUCUAUCUAAUUAUACCUCAUAUUCAAAUGGUAUAUAUAAUAUAUUGGGGGUCGGCUUAAGGUAUUCUAUAGCAUGCUUUGUUGAGAAUACUAGUGCAUUUCUAUACACAUAAAUUAUGUAUUCAUUUAUUUUGUAAUACUUUAUUUUGUAAUAAUUUAUUUUGUGUUUCCUUUUAAAAAAAUAAAUAAACCUUUUGUAUUUUUCAUUGUUAUCAAUUUAGAAUGAUAAAUGUUGGUCCUCUCCCCCAUCAGCUGCGAA